AUGGAAGAAUUCACCAACACCUCCCUUAAAAAUGUAGAAAUUACUUAGUAAUUCCUCAACUUGCCUGCAGAGUACUACUUAAAUCCUAUUACUGUUAAUUUUUCAUUUCCUAUUGCAGAUGUUGUUGUUUAAUCAGCUAAAAGUUCAAUUUUUAACUCUCCAAGAUUAAGUUAGGCAGUCUCGAUGAGAGGCCAUAGAAAUGACAGUAAUUCUGAAAUUGAUCGACGAAGAGAGCUUGAUAAUAUGAAAUAAUUAUCCGAGAUACUAGAAAUGCCUAAGAUAGAAGAUAAAUAAGAGGAAGAAAAAAUUGAGGAUUUUAAGGAUGAGAUAUAAAUUACUUAAGAUUAAUUAAUAAACAGUUAGAUUAAUUAAGAUAAUGAAGAGAUCAACAAAUUAAUUGAACAGAAGUACUAGGAGAGAUUAAUAAAAGCAUAAAAACAAUUAGAAAUGGAUAAAAUGAGAGCGCAGCUAAUUGAAAAUAGAACUAAAAAGGAUCAAACAAUUGUAGUUCAAGAUAAAGCAUAACAUAAUGAAAGUCAGCAAAGUAAAGAACCUGUCUCUAAAUAAGUUCAUGCUCUAUCAAGGAAAGUUUCAGUAAAAUAAGAAAAGCAAGAGAAUGAUUAAAUAAGUCAAAUCAUUGAAGAUUAAAAAUUAAACUUAAAAGCUGAAUAGGUUAUUGAGGAAGUUUCCCCAAAUUAAGUAUAAAUGAAUACAAUAGUUCAGAAAGAAGAAUUAAAAUAAUAAACAUAAAUUUCUGUUUAAAGUAAUCAAAGAUCUGCUGUUUAAUUAUAAAAGUUUGCAGAUGAGGAAAAAAAAUUAAUAGAAAAAUUAGAAGAAAAAAUAAUGCAAAAGGAUUCUAUUGACAAAAAAACUGAAAAUUAGCGAAUGGAAAAUGAAUUUAAAUCUUUGAGUAAUCAUCAUUUGCAAAAUGUUUAAAUAAUUGUUGGAUAAGAAGAUUAAAGUAUCUUGCCUCAAUUGAAUAGUUCAAUGAAUGAGUCGGGUGAUUAAGAAAACAAUUUGUAGUAAUUGUAAACAACUCGUCAUUUCAUAUAAAAUUAAGGAACAAAUUUGGCCAUUGUAUAGAAAGAGCAAGAGUCUUCAUAGGAUAUUGAAGAAAAUCUAGUCACUCAGCAAUAAUAAUUAUAAAUCAUAAAUACUAAGGAUGUCAAAUCUAUAAAAGGUCAGGCUGAAAAUAUAUAGAACUAAAGGUUAGUUGACAAUUAAGAAAUCUUUGAAGCAGAUAGAUAAGCUUUCUAGCAACAAAAAAGAUCACCCAAUUUACUAAACAAAACUUUCAAGGAAUCCACCCUACCUUAGUAGCUUUAAAAAGGUAAUACGACUACCACUUAAUUUGGUACAAAUGAGUCACUAAUAAGCAAAAGAAGCAGUAUGAAAAUUUAAUAAUAAAGUGACCUGCAAUCAUCAUAAAUGUCAGAAUUAAGUAAGAAGCUCUAAGAAUUAUUUGAUGAAAAUGAAAAUCUGCGAUUUGAAAAUGAAUCUCUAAAGUAGGAUAUUGAAGCAAUUAAACUAGAUUUACAAGGAUCACAAAUGGAUAGUGAUCAACUUAGAUAGGAACUUAUGAUAAUUCAGCAUAGUUAGAAAAAGAAAAAGGAUAAUGACAAAGGAAGUGUUGAAAGAAGUGGGCUGCCAUCAUCUGUGGAACGUUUAACAGAUGAACAUGCACUGUAUAUAAAAGAAAAGGAGUUGUAGAACAUGCAUUAGAAACUCAACAUUCUUAGAAAGGAGAAUGAGAAUUUGAAGAAGAAUAAUAUAUCUUUCGGCGGGGCCUUUCCUAGUAUCUCAGAUCUGCAUUCAGAAGUUGCAAGCAAAAAUAGGGAAAUAUUAGAGUUAAAAUAAACUAAUGCCAAACUUGAGCGUCUUAUCCAUAAAAUUAACAACAAUCAGAAUCAUAGUGGACUUAUCUCUUAGGAGUAAAUUAUGCAGCAGACGAUUGAAAAUCUCUCUGGCUAAUUAAGAGAGUCUAAGGAGCAAAAUUAAGUUUUGCUGACUAGAAUCCUAAAACUAGAGAAAGGUAGGGAGAAAUUAAUGAAAAAGCUGCAAAACUAUGACGAGAAAAAAAAUGGGGUGACUUCAAUUCUAAAUGCUAACAGAGCUAAUAAUCAUAAUGAAAAUGAAAUGAUAUUGAGAUUGGAAUUGUCUAAUGUUCUUAAUGAAAAAGAAAAGAUAGCCAAAUAAAAGGAUGAAAUGUUGAUAAGACAUAGAAAAGACUAAAUAUACACGGAUAAGAAAGUUAAAAGUAUGGAGUCAUAACUUGAUGAGUAGAAAUAAGAAAUUGCUAGUCUUAGAAAAACUAGAUUUAAGUUCAAGUGUAGAUCGGAGCUCAAAUAAUCCAGUCAACCAGAGUUUGAAUUUCUUAAAAAUUUAAGAAAACCGUUCUCAUCUAGAGAGAGACAGAGAUACACAUACUACUAAUUAUAUUAAUUUGAAAUUGUCUCUAAAUCAAGACUAAAUGCUGAGAGAAGAGGAUUAAUGAGUACCAAGAAUGUAUUAAACUAAGGGAAAAAUUCUACUUUAAGCACAGUAAGAAAUGGCAUUUAAACUGCAGUUUCCAAAAAUGAAAGUUUGCCACAGCUCAGUAAUUUAGAUAUGAGGGAUGAAGAUAGCAUAAGUAGCAGCAACAGAAUUCAUUUAAAUGCCGAUAAAAGCCACUCUGAUCUUGCUAAUGAUCACUAAUAAGACGGAGAUGUCUUACAUUGA